AUGAAGAGAGUCAGUGAAAUUCUCAAAUGGGGGCCAAAACGGUGUGGCGGGCGGUAUGGAUUGAGGGGCAGUAUACAACUCCUCAUCAAUUUCCCCCUUUGGCCCCGGCGAGUCAAGUGUGACGAAAAGCCGGGCAAAUGCGACAAUUGUUCGCGCUUGCGACUAGUCUGCUCUGGCUACACGACAUCACCGAGGCCACCCGCACCUGGUGAUGCGAGCUCUUCCGACCGUUCGAAGAGAAAGCGAACUUAUAGGUCUUGCACCGGCUGUCGGGCCUCAAAGACCAAAUGUUCUGGGGAGCGACCAACAUGUCAGAGAUGCCGAGACAAAGAGGCACGAUGCGUUUACGCAGAGUCAUCACAGCCUACUUGGGUGCGAAAGAUCAAUAUAGGGGCCACAAACGAACCAGAGUUCUCUCCAUCCGUGACUUCUUCGCCAGCUCGAUCUUCGGAGCAAAGAAAAUCCAGUCAAGAUAAUUUGCUGGGAUUAGCGGACGCUUCGCCUCCGCCACAGCCGCAGCAACAGCAGCCAUGUCUUCUCGUUGAAAAUUCGGAGUUGCUGCCAUCCUCACUGGACUGGUUAGCUACGCCGCACCUUCCUUCACCACCCAGGAUCAGGACUUUAGUUGAUGAAUAUUUCAACAACAUUCAUCCCCUUCGUGCCUUCACGUUCAUUCACAAACCGACAUUUCUCCAAACACUGGACGGCAAAUUGUCUCAGGACUAUCAGAGCCAUGCUCUCUUGCAUAUUAUGUGUGCCCUUGGAGCUCAAUUCUUUGCUCUGAACUAUAGUGAGAGUGUCCAAGCUCUCCCCCCGAGGACUGUGUUGUUUGCGGGCAAGCAAUGGGCUAGAGUAACCCAACGGCUUAUCCUUGAAGCGUUAGACACGGUGACAAUCGAAAACUUGAUGGCAGCUGUGUUACUGCAUGACUAUGCAGUCCGUCUAGGACAUUUUGCAAAUGCGUUCAUGUUGAGUGGGAUCACCACCCGUAUGACGCAAGCAUUGCAAAUCAACCUUGAAUACAACACUGACAUUCUAUGUCGUGACGACGUUGAGGGGCUUUCUGUCACUGAAAAGGAGUCUCGUAGACGUUUGAUGUGGAGUUGUUAUGUCAUGGACGCCCUCGUUGGCAGCGGAGUUGACCAACUCACCCUCAUGGAUGAAAGAGAUAUCAAGAUUCAGCUUCCUUGUAACGAGCGCAACUUCACUCAACAAUUACCCUGUCUUACAGAAACCCUUUCCCCGGGGAGUUGGCUGAAGAUACUCCCUGGACACUUUGAACCCCAUGCUCUGUUGCCCAACAUGGGCAUGAUGGCAUAUUUCGUCCGGCACAUCUCAAUCCGGAAAAGGGUUCUCAGGUAUAUCAAACAUCUUGGAGAUGCCAUCGUGCCUUGGGAUCCCAAGUCCGAAUUUUCAGCUUUAGACUCUGACUGUAGGGCGUGGUAUGCGUCAUUGCCCCCAAGCCUGCAAUUUACACAGGCAGCAGUCUACAUCCGCAAAGAUACGUCACAACUAGGCGCCCUUUGCUUGCUGCAUUGUGCCCACUAUCAGACCAUAUGCGAUUUGUAUCGGCUUGGAGCACCGGCCCUCUACAAGCUCCGCGCAGCCUUUGACUUUCCGCCGGAGCAGCGGCAUUUUCUUCGCCACCUCCAGCAGGUUCUUUUUGAUGCCGCCCGGUCUUUGGCGAGUAUUAUAGGAGAGACUGCCCGCCAUGGACCCCGCAUGUUGGCGGACUCCUGGCUUCCAACUAUCCUUUAUGACAGCUGUCGUAUCAUGAUAUACCACUUGACUCAGAUCCUCGAUCCGGAAUCGGAAUCCACAAAAUCAUUGAUAGUAUCAACGAUUCCCCUGCUUCGAGACAAUAUCAAAGGACUCAGGUUGAUGGGAUCCCUCAAUUCUAUUGCAAACUCAUUGAGUUGCUCAUUUACCCUUCUCAUUCAGUGCUCGGCGGCAGAAACGAUGCUUGAUAGGUCCGGUAUUGAGUCGGAGAUAGUCCGACAGAACAUCAUUCCAGAUGACCCAUAUCAGCCAAAUCAGGCUGCGGAUCCAAGUGAACUCUCUUUGGAGCCUCCAGUACAAAGUGCUCCGGAUUACGUGCUCAAUCCGUUAACCAUCUUCCGCAUGGCCCGAAAGUCUAUUCCGGAACGACACGCCCCAGAAACGGUUCGCACCUCCUCCGCGCCCAGUAGUAUUCGUCAUGAUCAGAGUGAUGGUUUCGACCCCCCAUCUUGUGAAGCAUCCAACAAGCCAGGGCCUGGGGACACUUGUAUCGAGCAAAGCCUCGGACAGGCCAGUCUGGAAGAGCUACAAACCUUGUUCAUGUCGGAUUUGGGCUGGGCUUGGCAGCCCUCAGACACGGCAGUUGGAUCAGGAACCGAGGGUGCCGGUCUCCUCCCCUGGGCUGGAGGAAACACCACCUCGCAAGUGGAAUCGUGGCUGCCCGUGUUUCCUUUUCCUCAUAAUUAA